AUGAAUCAUGAUGACGAUCGAGGCUGUUCCUGUCCUGUUUUCAAUACAGUUGUUCAACCUUUAUGGUUCUGCAGGGGCUCCAAGAAUUUCAGCAGUUGCAGUGAAGAUGAUUUUGAGAAGCUGACUCUGAACAAAGGUGGAGGCUGCCUCUUGAAUGUGCCCAGCCCAGACGAGUCAUACAGCGCGCCUUCCUGUGGGAACAAGCUGGUGGACCCUGGGGAGGAGUGUGACUGUGGGAAUGAAAAGGAUCCAUGCUGCCAGCCUGGGACCUGCAAGCUGCGCUCAGGAGCUCAGUGUGCCUACGGAUCCUGCUGCCAAAACUGCCGGGUAAGUACUUUAGAAGUAUCUUAA